AUGACCACGGCUCCACCGACACAGUCGAUGGUGCUGAGCCACAAUCUCUUAAAGAAGAAGCUCGUGGUCGUAGGUGAUGGUGGUUGUGGUAAAACAUGCCUGCUUAUUGUAUACUCGCAGAAGCGGUUCCCUGAAGAAUAUGUGCCUACCGUGUUUGAAAACUAUGUCCCUAUCGUGGAAUUCCGUGGGCAGCGCAUCGAAUUCGCGUUGUGGGAUACAGCAGGGCAGGAGGAGUACGAUCGGUUGCGUCCUUUGAGUUACCCCGAGUCCGAUGUGAUCCUCAUCUGCUUUGCCGUGGAUUACCCUGUAAGUUUAGCCAAUGUGCAGGACAAAUGGCUCCCGGAAAUCUUGCAUUUUUGCGAAGGCGUUCCAUUCCUUCUUGUUGGACUAAAGACGGAUCUGCGAGCCGAUACGCGGUCCUUAUCCCUGCUCUCCGCACAGGGCAUCACACCGGUGAGUCGUGAGCAGGGCGAGAAGGCCGCGUUGGAAAUCGGUGCGCAGCGGUAUGUGGAAUGCUCCGCCAAGACCGGGGAGGGAGUGCAGAAUGUGUUUGAUGCCGCAUUAGAAGAGGCUUUGGCGCCUCGCAAAUGGAAGCGGGGCUUCCUGCGUGGCCGCAAGAAGUGCGUGUUAUUGUAA